AUGCGAAAUCGACAAGCAGAGGAACGAGUAAAGAAGAUCCUCAGCAAUCAUUACAUUGAUACCGACUGGAGGCCUGCCUUCAAGGCCACAAGUGAAGUUGAAGAGCUCGCACAAGCUGCUUGCCGCCGCACUGGCCUUAAAAUUAAAAUUCCCGCACGCUGGCCUCCUCUCACUCAACUGACAACCCUUGAGGAUGAAAUUACCACCUCUCUUCAGGACUUGAAGACUCGCAAUCGCAUUUUUGGUGAACCACCAUCUUUAGACGAGUUUCUCAAACCAGUCGAAGAACAGGAAGUUGGAGAUUCCCUUGCAUUUGAAGGUGGGGAUAAGGCCAUUGUUGCUGCAGUAAAACAGGAGAUAGCCGAGAAAGUCAACAAGGUGAUUGAGGUGGAAUCCGACGAAGACGAGGACACUCAGGCUGAACCAGAGUUUUCUCAUGCUGAAACCCUUGGGCUGUGUCAGUGGCUCGAAGGAGCCUGCCUGCAGUUUGGAAAUGCUGACCCCACACUUCCACUAGAGUUGUUGAAGCAAAUCCGUCUUUUUUGAGCUCACUUGCGACUGUGACGAGCUUCUUCAUGGAACACAAACUAUGAUAGACUCUUAUUUCAUUAGUCCUUUAGAUACAUGAGCGGAGUCACACUAUGUCACAAUUUGUCACAAUGUGUGACAUAUGUGCUAAUGCAUAAAUCUCAUAAUGCAUAAGGAUUUUGUGUUCCUGACGUUAUGCAUUAUGAGAU